GCGGGCAGUGGUUCCUCAGUCCUCAGACACGGGAGGUGGUGGGGAGUUGUAGGAUAUUGUUGACAUAAUAUCCCCGAGAAUACGGAUUUUGUGUGUUUCUGCCAGAGGGAUCAAACACUAAGGGCCUUUAAAUAGGACAUUUGGUUUCCUUGGUGGGCAUGCAUGGAUUACUAGUGUUUGUUGAAAAAAAAUUCUAAAAUGCUAAAUAGGAAAUUAAAGUUUAUGCUCGGGUUUACUGCGUGUGCUGCAAUAGUUUAUAUACAAAUAAACAUCAAUGGACGACUGACAAAACACAGACAAAGUGUUGAAACAAAAAAUAUAAAAUAUGAAUUGGAGGAUACACUGUCGCCAAACACUACCAGCUUUCAAGAUUUAUUCCUGGCUUGGGACGACGAGGAGGCCGAGCAGACGACGGGGGUCAUUACCAGCACCAGGGAGACUUCAAUACCCAACACCUACAUAGUAAUCCUACAUGACAAGGCAGAGAAAGGUCCAAAGUCAAGUAAUUCCUCUUCAUUACUACCGUCGCCGAAGGGAAUAAAUAGGCGUACAAAUGUCGUGUUCCCGAGCGUUACUAAUUGUACUAUGAAACCGAAAACUAAGAAAGGGCACCUGUACUCCACCAGCGACGUGUAUCCCUGCAGGAAAUCGACGCCCCCGGACCCCGAGGAUCCCUUCUGGCCAGUUGUCCUCACUCCUUCUUAUGGCAAAGUCCUCAGUGACUCAGUUCUCCACCAUGAGGACUCUGAGGUUAAGGAGCUGCUAACAGAGCAGCUGAAGGUUCAAGAAGAGCGAGUGAGGCUAAUGACCCAAACAUGCCUUAAACACAAGGAGUUGUCGGUACGACAGGACCUGACCCUAGUGUGGGACACUUCCAGGUCGCCGCCGCUCAUUUACUGCCCUAUAUACAAAGUUGCAUCAACAACCUGGAUGGUGUACUUCCUGCGUCUGAGACACAUAAAUGAUGACAACCCGGCGCUGGCUCGCUUCUCUCGCAAGGAGAAAGAGAAGAGGAAAUACAUGCCACGUUAUGGAGGCGGCCAUCGGCGGGUAUUUCAGGAGUACAUUCCACCAGAGCUCAGCCGGGAGAAGAGUCAAGUCUUCCGGAAGGCCAUACGCUUCCUAGUUGUUCGCCAUCCACUCACCAGGUUGCUGUCAGCCUACAGAGACAAGAUUGAACGGCCAGAGCCACUACCCUUUACGCCGUAUUUCAAGCACCUGCAGCAUUACAUUAUCCAGAAGUACAGGCCACCAGAAAGCAACCUCACCAACACCACACCAACCUUUUCAGAGUUUGUUGAUUUUAUUAUCGAUUCUACCAAGGACCUCAAGACUGCCUUAGAUUGGCAAAGAAAUGUUGUGUGCUGGACGCCAUACUGGGCACAGUGUGGCGUGUGUUCCUCCGACUAUCAAGUGGUGAUCAAGCUCGAGACAAUGGCUACCGACGAACAGUUCCUGGCAUAUGUGGCCGACCUGAAAGAGAUCCAGAAUGUUUACGAGUGGAGGAACCUCAGGAACUCCAAAGCUACGGCAGCAACAUCACUCUCUCAGUAUUAUAAGAGCUUGACUAAAAAACAAAUUAAUUUACUUUAUCAGAGAUACAAACCUGACUUCCAUCUCUUUGGAUAUUCAAUUGACGAGUAUCUGCAGUUUGUUGAGCAAUGAUAGAAGUUUUCAGUGAAGAUAUUAUGAAGUAAGAUACUGGGAUUAUACAGGUAGGCGUAAGCUCAAGUAGGUUGGGACAUGUAGAUGGACAGAUAAGGUUAGCCCGACUAGUACUUGUAGAUAUACAGUAUGAGUUGGAUAGUGAAAUCAAUCCCCACCGCUGUCACGAUUUCUUCACUGUACUUUUCAAUUUAUUUAAAUUUUACUUUUCAAUUUUCUUUCACUUAUAUGUUCUUCAUCUGGGCAUGUCUGAGAAUUUAUACUUAUUUAUUAAGUUAUUACUAUCUUUCUCAUUGCUUAUUCAAAUGGUAAUCACUGCCACCACAUUCCUCACACAACAUACAACAGCUUCAGCAGAAACCUCUGAAUUAAUUCAAAUAGUUUGUGUAAUCUUGUGAUGUAUAAUUGAUUUUAAUUGUUGUGUUAUUUAUCUUCCAGUGAUUAAUAUAAUUAUACUGUACUGUAGGGCACCAGAUCUUCAAAUGGACCAACUGGUAACACUCAUGACUCCUAAUCCAGAAAUACGUACUUAAUUCCAGAAUCCGGGAACUGUUGGUGGUGUGAGUUACUAGCCGUUCGAACGAUUAGUGAGACCUUUUUCUUAUUUUGUUAUGAACUUUAUUGUCUUAUGUUAGUACAGGAGAAAACCGGAGUAACCGCAGUAAACCAGCUAUAUUUGGUUGGGUCACACUGGCUAACACCCUUCCUACCUCUGUCUCGACCCAUAGUGGAGAGAAACACACAUCCCCGCUGUACUUUUAAAAUUUUGCUAGAUUGUUUUUUAUGAUAACUUAAAGAUACUGUACCGGCAUUUACCUUGAUAAAAAUAUACUCAGAGUAUUGCCAAUAAUAUAAAUUUGACCGAUCGCCCAAGCGGCUAACGAGCCGAUCAGUGGUGAAGAGGAUAAAAGAAAAAAAGAAAAAAGAGAGGCUGUUAAGCUUAAAACUAUACUGUACAUGUAAAGAAAACGUAUCUACUGUAUAUGAUAUUAGAAAGGACGAAGAGCAAGUUAAUAGGGGUAAGUGGUCGAAAUCUUUUAUGUAAUAUUUAGUAUUUCCACAUUGAGUUUCCAAUGAUAAUCAAAUGCUUAUUACAGUAUGAAAAAUAUGCAAUUAAUUGGCGAUAUUGUGGGAGCAAUUUAAAUUAAAUGAUAAUAGUACUGUACUGUAGUGGUGAAAAUGACAGCUAGAAGAAUAAAUGAAAUCUUAGCUCUACUGUAGGUAUAAUUAUUUAAUAAUAAUAUUUAUUCAUUAAAGUUGAUAUUCAGGUUUACAAUUCGGUAACCAUGUUCAUAAACUAUUUAGUUACACAGUUCAGCAUGAAUAUAGACAAUGUAGGAUUGUAGGUGUAGGUACACGGUGCGUGUUGGGCCGUGGUCGUCAAGGGCAGGUAAACGAUAAUGGUAAACUUGACCAAGGAUAGCCGACCAAACUGUCAGAUGCUUAUUUCUAGGAGGGUCCUUUGCUAUAUCUAAACGUUUGUACCCAGAUAGCUGAAGCACUUUAAGCAGUAAGUAAAAACGGAGAUAAUGUAAAGUUUUAAUAUUAUAAGGUGUACCUGUAUUAGUCAACGGAAAACAUCAACAUAGAUUUAUCACUUCAUCGAAAUGUGUUAAAAGAUUGUCUCGCGCCGGGAUUAGUGUGUGUUUAUUUCCAUAUAUCUUAACUAGCGUCUAGCAGUCAGGUACAUUGGAGGACUGGACAAAAUAAAUCCAACCCUCCACUUCUUACUCCAAUCUUCCACUUCUUAUUCCAACUCUCCACUUCUUACUCCACCCCUCCACAUCCUCCUCCAAUCCUCCAAUUCCUACUCCAACCCUUCACUUCUUACUCCAUCCCUCCACUUCCUCCUCUAAUCCUCCACUUCUUACUCCAACUCUUCGCCUCCUUCAGCCAUCUACUUCCUUCAACAAAUUUGUACGUUCUUUAUAUUGUUGCGUAUGAAGAAAAUGCCAUCACAAAAUUACUUUCAAUACAAAAUCUCCAGGUUAAGCUUCUUUAAACUCCUAAUACCCAGUGGCGUACCCAAAAUUUUACCCGGGGAGGGGUGGGGGUGGAGCGAACUUUGAACUAAACAUAUCGAGGUGUUGAAAUACGAGAUAAUUAAUAUUUUUCUGUUAUACUUGUGUUGCUAUUGAUGUUGUUAUUGGUGUUAUUAUUUUGAUUUAUUUCGAUAUAGUUAUUUUUUUUCUUUUGUUAAAAAUUAUUUAUUUCGAAUAAUUUAUUUGCUCAAUAGGGGAGGGGGCGAUAGGCUUCGACUCCAUCGCCUCCCCCCCCCCCCCUCCUUGGUAUUCAUAUGCUAAUACCAAAUUGUGUUAGGGAAGGUGAGGUUGCUCCCUUUAACUUCACUUGGUAAUGUUCAUAUCAAGAAAAGGGCAGUUGAAUACAACUUAAGUCAGGAACGAAUCGAAGUGGAAAAAGAAACUGGAACAAGAAACAUCAUCUUAAAAUAGACUUCCCCAAUGAUUAAACACUCAAACAUUAAAUCGGGAAUGUUAAUUUAAGAAAUGACAUUAGGUUAGGUUUGCAUUAUGGUAUUUAAUCACAGGGUGAAAUAAAUUUGAAGUUCUUAUUCUUUAUGUGAUUCGACUCCUCGCCACCAGAAGGUACUGCCCUACCCAGCUCAUACUGUACGGUUAGACUGAGCUGUGAUAUUUUGGGACGUUGCUGUGCCUCCGUCAAAAUGUCAGCUAGAAUUAUCUUCAGUUGUCUACUGCAAGGUCUGUAGAAUGUACUAAUAAUAGGGUCACAGUAUCAACGUUAUCAUGAUUUUAUAUCGUUUUCUUUUUCCAAGUUCCGUUCCUGUCUUAAAUGUUGCAUAUUCUCAGUACGAACUAUGUAAAUAACUCAAGAAAUUUAUUUAUUUUUAUUUUUUUCAUAAAUUAAUGACUAAAACUCAUCCUACUGGUUUUGAAAAAAAUUAAUGAAUAAAUUUCAUCCUUGACAUUGAUGUAUUGUUGUUUCUGGUAAAAUAAUGAAUAAAGCUCAGCCUUGAC